AUGAUAUUCAAACAAGCCCUCCUCUCCCUCUCUUUGGCAAUUUCCACAGCAACAGCCUACCACCUCGCCGUCGUCGACCAAAACACCAAAACAGUCCGAGUCUUCCCUCGCGACGCAGCAACAUGGAACAAAGACGCAAUCUACUGGUCCUUCACAGCAGAUCCGGACGUGGGCUGGUUCGAACACGACGACUGGGCCGAUCUAGAUGACGUGAAGAUCCGCAAGACCGCCGAUCUAGCCGGGCACGAAAGUGCCGACCUGGACGAUGUUGUCUGGGAAGCGACGCCGGGCGACAAUCCGCACUCCCUGGAGCGAAUACCGCACCUGGGUGCAUUUGUGGCGUCUAGCUCUGACCCGGGUAAAUUGACCCUAUACGUGCCGACUGAUGCGUCGGAUGUGAAUAAUCUGAGCAAGAUCAAGAAGAGUCAUGAAUAUAAGCUCGACAUGGCGCAUGGAGUUUUGUGGCACAGCGGUAAGCUCUGGGCGACGGGGAAGGACUAUCUUUAUAAGUUUGAUGUUGUGGGGAAGGGGAAGGAUAUCAAGUUGGUGCUGGAUGGGGAGGGGAUCCCCUUGAAGAAGAUUCCCGGUCAUAAGAAGAAUGGCCAUGAUUUAUCGGCUAGUUAUAAGGAUCCCAAUGUUUUGUUGGUAACGCAUACUGGUGGGGCGUUUGCUUAUAACAUCAAGACUGGGGUGUUCGAGACUCUCAUGGCGGUUACUAAAAUCAAGUCUCUUGUGCAGCAUUCUUCGGGUGAAUAUGCCUGGGUGAGAGGGGAGAAGAAUGAGCUGGGUCAAUAUGUGUCUUUCAGUGAUGAGAAGGACCCGAAGACUGUGACUGAUAGGAGGGGAUGGGGCGAUGCGGAGUUCUACAAGGCGAAGAUCUUCGAUCCUGACUAUGAGUGA